GCGAACACUAGGUGUGAAGUUGUAUGUGUAAUUCGGUGAUACUACCUGUUUACCUCAGGUUAAUAGUGUAGCCCGACACAGCAAGUCCAAACCAUGCUUAACAAGUAAUCAAUGUGUAACGGGCCUGUAGUUACACUGUCUGCCCCAAACCUGACUGGAUUGAAAUCAGUUCAAACGGAUUAAAGAAACCAUAAUGUGCCGCUGGGGCUGUACAACUACCCACACAACUUACAUGUGCAAGUGGUGCGGCACGAGGUAUUGCAAAGAAUGUCUUCGGGGAGACUUUAUCGGGAAGAUGUUUGAGGCCAGCAGAUGCCGCAAAUGUAACCACCCCAAGUGUCAAGGUCAGCGAGUAGAGUACGUUCCGACUGUCAACACAGAAGAUGAGAAAAAUGGGACGUCAUCACGAGCUAGAAGUAAAAGCCCCAGCAAAAGUGCCAGAAGUGCUAAAAGUGCCAAAAGUGCGAAAUCAUCGAAGAAAAAUUCAGGAAAGAAAUCCGGCAAAAAAAGUAGCGGCAAGAAAAAGAAGAAGAAAUAGGAGAGCAACAACCCAGGGUCCUAUACAAGCAGCAUUGUAACAACACUGGCUAGCAGUUUUCAGUUCAUCUAAAAACAUGGCAUCUUAAGUGUAAUAGUAAUUCGUAGAUUUAUAUCGAUUUGAUAGAAUAGCCACAUUGUGAGAAAUGUCCUUUUCUAUAUAUUUGUGGGACCACAUGAUAGAUGUAGACUACGCAGGUGCUUUUGCACAACACUUCAGUGUGUUGAUUUUAUUACUUGUCCAAUAUUUAUGUGCUGUGUGAUUAUAGCAGAUCUGAUUAGCAGGCCUGUACCUGACUCUGGAUUUCACAACGCGGUCUAACUGAACGUGAUUAUCCAUGUGUCAGGGUUAUAAACUGCUUGGAGGUAAAAUGGUCAACCGGGUAUUAAUCUACAUUUACAAUAUAUUCUUGAUAAUAUACUGA